AUGGGAUGUUCUUUAUAAAAACAGAAAAAAUUCGAAACAAUCAGCAAACGUUAUUCAACAAAUGCAAAUACUUGUUGUAUCUUCUUUUUUUAUUAUGUUAAGUAACUCCUGAUUAAAGAAAGAGUCUAGAAGUUUAUAAUCCUACUCUUGGAAAAAUUGUUUAAGUUCCAAUUCUUGUACCUGCUUCUCAAAGCAAUAUUAUGAAAAGAAGAAGUACAUAAGCUAUAUCUGGGAUAUGA